CCCCAACUCCCCCGACCUCCACACCCACCGACCAUGUCUUCCUCAAAAUCCUCACAGCCAGACUACGUGACGCUCGUCUCGGGCGACGGGUUCGAGUUCGUCAUCCCCCGCAGCACCGCCUGUGUCUCGGGCACGAUACGACGCAUGCUGGAUCCCUCGAGCCGAUUCUCCGAAGCGAUCAGCGGCCGCUGCGUCCUCGAAAACAUCAGCGGGGUCGUCCUCGAGAAAGUGUGCGAGUACUUCUGCUACAACGAGAAGAAUAAGCACCAGGCCCACGUGCCAGAUAUGGAUAUUCCGCCGGAGUUAUGUUUGGAGUUGCUGAUGGCGGCGGAUUAUUUGGAUACUUAGUGCUUAGUGCGGGCGCUUGGGGGUUCUUGUGGGUGCCUCGAUUGUUUCAGAUUGGAUAACGAUGGAUAUGGAUGCUGAUUGUGGCUUUAGUGGGAUCUAGACGGCUUUUUUUGUUUGCCCUUUUUACGACUGAUGAUGCGGUUACGAU